AUGAGACAAGCCCCGGGCCAAGUCACUCAUGGAAGUGUCGCGUGCCCAUUGACGAUUACCAACACCCACGGAUUCCCAUCAGACAUUCUCAGGCAGUCAUCCUUCAUCCGAUGUCGAUUCCCCCGAAAUCUGCAUAUUUGCCUUCGAGGCUUCAAACAAUUAAAAGCAGCCAAGGUCAUCCCAUCCACUGCUGCGCCCGACGGUACAUACCCAGGCACACACGGCACGACCCCAUUUCCUACCCGCGCACCAUGGCUUACAUGGGCAGAUUGGCGCGGCUUUGGUUCCUUGAGAGUCUCACUGUCAACUUCUCGUGUCUCAACGCGCCCGCCCCCUUGGCGCCAUUCAGCUUCCCCCUCCCCGUCCAAUGACGUGAGGCCGCUCCGUCGGGGCUUCACCUUGGCCGUCACUGGGCCUUUUGGCCAUAUGCGCGCCGGCAACACAAUGAAUCCCGUUCCGCUACUUGGCAUACAGGAUUCGACCAGACCGUACUCCGUAUCGCUCAGCAUGUAUUUUAAUUCGACACCCCUCGCCCCGGCUGCCAGGCGCAUAUCCAGGAUCAAUCCGCUCCGCGUAUGGCGAUCAGCGGCUCUGCCUCAGCGCAACGUCUGUUAUGGAUCGUCCGUCCGAACCCACCAGGUCGAUCAAACGAUAUCCAACCAGAUUGGCCCAAAGAGAGACCCCUUUCCCCUUCCAGAAGAGAAACGUCCCGGCACCAGCAACCUCACCUUUCCAUUUUCACCGUUCCGCUCUGACAGACAGAUUCACGCCCUCAACUCGCACGUCUUCUUUCAGUCCUCACGCCUCUCAGUCUCGGCUGGUCAACUAUCCUCAGACCUCAGUGUGCUCCAAUUGGCACUUGGCGCCGGUGGCCCCAUAGCGACGCGUGGCCCUGCAAGAUACCCCUGCCACUUCUCCCUUUUGGCGACAACGGCUGUCUGCAACUUUUGUUCCCAGUCGAACCAGGACUACCUUACGAAUCUACAGAUACCAUCCUCCAUACUCCGUACAGCUGGCAUGGUACUGUACGCCGUGGCGCAUGCUUCCGCUGUUUGGGGCUCAAUCACUUCCGCUCCGCCCAUCGUCCGUUUCCCUCCCCGCCCUCACUGGUCCGAUGUCGUUGCUGGUUGGACCCAGAGCUGUGUUACCAACGUCAACACAAGUUUGGCGGCUAGCAACAGAAGCUUUCGUGGCCCCCCGGUUUCAGGUUUCUCCUGUCAACUAUGGCAACUCGUCACUGGCCGCGUGGUUGGCGUCGACAACCGGCAUCCUGUGCCGAGGGCGACAACAACUUGCAGUCGGGAGACAGCUGUGGCUUUCAGCCUGGGAAGCAUCGCUCAGAACUUAGACCAGCAAUCCGAUGUCCGCACUCGUUUCUGCACUCAAUUGUGGCUGCAUGCCUCGGCGCCGAAUCGGCCAAACAAGACCAACAACAAACCACGACCAAACACACUACAUGAUGCUUUGGUACAGUCCCUCUCUCCUCGGCGUCAGCAAUAUGACCCUGUCACUCUCCAGAAUCCAGACAAGAAAAGGCUGGGGAUCUCGCAAAGCGUUAUGGUUGGUGGUGGGAGAAUUGGCGUUGUCUUGGCCGUCUGCCGGUGCUCCCGACUGAACACACGCCCUCAAAUUAAUCCUUCGAGACGUUCUCGCCCAUAUUGUUACUAUUCCCGCCGCGACUGGAGAAUGCUCUUCAUCAACCGUUUAUUCCACUCACCAGGACUUUGGACUUGGUCUCAGGCCCCAGGCGCGUCGAGCUACGAAUACAUAGAUCCUGGAGGCCUGGACAUUGUUCAAAGUGGAGAGACUCUGCGUGUGCGUGCGAAUACGUUCGCCUUUAAUGCAGAUAAGCAUCAUAGCAAGAGGGCGAGGCAAUGGCGAAAAGCUGACGCCAAGCAUCCACCCAACCAUAGGGCUCACGCCACAACCCGAUGCAGGCUGAGUCCCGGGACUCGUCGGCGGCACCGCCCCCGCGACGAAAGCAUCCAGUUCCGCCCCGCUCUACCGGCCUUCCGCGCCUCUUACGGCGACCGCGCAAGCUACUCCGGCCUCCUGAUCCAUGAUGGACCCCGUUUUGCCCGUUCCCAAGACAGCCGGUCGAUCGGCCCUCGUUCCCUGACCCGGAAAUGCGGUAAACUUUAUUCGAGAACUCGUCAGUGCUUCUGGUUCGGGAUACCAAACCUCGGGACUGGCGAUUAUGCUUGUCCAAAGUCUAUUCCUGGCCCCCAAAACCCGUACGGAUACGGCACAUGA